AGCACAUGAUCACUGUAUGUAUAAAUACUGGAGAGUACAUCAACAGUAUUCACAACUUUUCAUCAGUUUUCAACUGCGACAAGAAGCCAACCGAUCAAGAUGAAGAUCUGCAUUCUGCUUCUGCUUGGGACCCUGGCUGUCCUCACUGAUGGUAUCCCACCAAUAAACAGGGACUACAACACACGCUGUCAAUGUCUGAAAGUGGAGUCCAGGAUCAUUCCUCCGGACAACCUGAAGAGCAUCAAGCUGGUCACUGAAGGAGCUCACUGUCCUGAGACAGAAAUCAUAGCUGGCCUGGUGACCGGGGAGAAGGUGUGUCUGAACCCGCGGUCCGCCUGGGUGAAGAAGCUGGUCCAUUUUGUUCUGGAGAAGCAGCUCAACCAACAGAACGCACUCCCCAAGAACCAAGCCUAAGGGUUUUUUUAAUCCAAAACCUUAAGACCUGCAAACAUGAGCCAUUCCAGAGAUAAUCAUUUGACUAAUUCACUUUUCAUUUGGUUUUAAUUGAUUUCACUGUCCUUUACCUGUCUUUUUCAUAUGUGUCUCCAUUUUAUUUUUUUUUAUUUUUUUACACAUGUGAGAGGAGAAGUGGUUAGCUCUGACCUUUCUGUGUCCAAGCGUGGCUUCCUCUUGCAUUCUAGAAACCUGCUUCAAAAGUUGAUUGAUUACUCCAAAUCGUCCCUAGGUGUGUGUGUGAGUGUGUAGCCCUACGGAAACCUGUCCCGAGUGUUCCCCAUCUUUGACCAACAGUAGCCAAGUUAGGGUCUGGUGACCCCAAAGGGAAGAAGUGGAUGGACAUGCGAAUACUUGUCAAUUGCUUGCAAUAUGUCUAACAAAGUAAAAUAUUGGAACCUUGAGCAAAUUUCAACAGUUAAAAUAAAGCACUAGCACUUCAAAUCUGUUAUUUUAACCCUCUAAAGCAAAUAUUGUUUGUAGCAAAUAUGUAGCAUUAACACUCACUUAAAUACUGUGCAAUAGUUGAGACAACACAGAAGCAUAAAUGAGUCGUGUCAUAAAUGAAAUGAGGCGUGACGGGGAUCCAGCUUAAAGAAGUCAACGUUUUUUUUUUUUUCACUUUGAGUCACUCGUGUGUCUGUCUUUGAAUGUGAAUCUGUUGUAUCUAAAAUAAAAUGAAUACUCAAUAAAUCCCAAGUAAAGCAGAAAUGGUUUAGUUUCAUUUGUCCUUUUGUUCUUCUUUGGAAAUGUUUACUUGAAGCUA